GGGCGGGGCGGGGCGGGGCGCACCGUGCCUAUAUAAGGGAGCCCAAUCGGGGUGGUGGGGGUUCUUUUUUGCACCGCCCGACUGCAGGCAGCGAGAUGCCCGAGGAAGUGCAGCAUGGAGAGGAGGAGGUGGAGACGUUCGCCUUCCAGGCGGAGAUCGCGCAGCUCAUGUCGCUCAUCAUCAAUACGUUCUACUCCAACAAGGAGAUCUUCCUGCGGGAGCUCAUCUCCAACGCCUCCGACGCGCUGGACAAGAUCCGCUAUGAGAGCCUGACCGAGCCCUCCAAGCUGGACAGCGGGAAGGACCUCAAGAUCGACAUCGUCCCCAACCCGCGCGACCGCACGCUCACCCUGCUGGACACCGGUAUCGGGAUGACCAAGGCUGACCUCAUCAACAACUUGGGCACCAUUGCCAAAUCGGGCACCAAAGCCUUCAUGGAGGCCUUGCAGGCGGGUGCAGACAUCUCCAUGAUUGGGCAGUUUGGUGUGGGUUUCUACUCUGCCUACCUGGUGGCUGAGAAGGUGGUGGUCAUUACCAAGCAUAACGAUGACGAGCAGUAUGCCUGGGAGUCGUCAGCUGGGGGAUCCUUCACUGUCCGGACUGACCAUGGUGAGCCCAUUGGACGGGGCACCAAAGUGAUCCUGUAUUUGAAGGAGGACCAGACAGAGUAUUUGGAGGAGAGGCGUGUCAAGGAGGUGGUGAAGAAGCACUCUCAGUUCAUUGGCUACCCCAUCACACUUUAUGUGGAGAAGGAGCGUGAGAAAGAGAUCAGUGAUGAUGAGACAGAGGAGGAGAAAGCUGAGAAAGAAGAGGAAGAGUCUAAGGAUGAGGAGAAACCAAAAAUUGAGGAUGUGGGCUCUGAGGAGGAGGAGGAGGGAGAUAAAGGCAAGAAGAAAAAGACCAAGAAAAUUAAGGAGAAAUAUAUUGACCAGGAGGAGCUGAACAAAACCAAACCUAUUUGGACCCGCAACCCUGAUGACAUCACCCAGGAGGAGUAUGGCGAGUUCUACAAAAGCCUCACCAAUGACUGGGAGGACCACCUGGCAGUCAAGCACUUCUCUGUGGAAGGACAGCUGGAGUUCAGGGCCCUGCUCUUCAUCCCACGCCGUGCUCCUUUUGACCUUUUCGAGAACAAGAAGAAAAAGAACAAUAUUAAGCUGUAUGUGAGGCGUGUCUUCAUUAUGGACAGCUGUGAUGAGCUCAUUCCUGAGUACCUGAAUUUUAUCCGAGGUGUUGUGGACUCAGAAGAUCUGCCUUUGAACAUAUCUCGUGAGAUGUUGCAGCAGAGCAAAAUCCUCAAGGUGAUCCGCAAAAACAUUGUGAAAAAGUGCUUGGAGCUCUUUACUGAGUUGGCAGAGGACAAAGAGAACUACAAGAAAUUUUAUGAGGCCUUUUCCAAGAAUCUGAAGCUGGGCAUCCAUGAGGACUCAACAAACCGAAAGCGCCUUUCAGAGCUGCUGCGCUACCACACAUCUCAGUCAGGUGAUGAGAUGACUUCACUUUCAGAGUAUGUGUCCCGUAUGAAGGAGUCACAGAAGAGUAUCUACUACAUCACAGGGGAGAGCAAGGAACAGGUUGCCAACUCGGCCUUUGUGGAGCGUGUGAGGAAGCGUGGCUUUGAGGUGGUGUACAUGACGGAGCCUAUUGAUGAAUACUGCGUGCAGCAGCUCAAGGAGUUUGAUGGGAAAACCCUAGUGUCAGUUACUAAGGAGGGGUUGGAGCUACCUGAGGAUGAGGAGGAGAAAAAGAAGAUGGAGGAGAGCAAGGCCAAGUUUGAAACCCUCUGCAAACUCAUGAAGGAAAUCCUGGACAAGAAGGUGGAGAAGGUAACUAUCUCAAACCGCUUGGUCUCAUCUCCCUGCUGCAUUGUCACCAGCACAUAUGGUUGGACAGCAAACAUGGAGCGCAUCAUGAAGGCUCAGGCGCUGCGGGACAACUCUACCAUGGGCUAUAUGAUGGCCAAGAAGCACCUGGAAAUCAACCCUGACCACCCAAUUGUGGAAACACUCCGUCAGAAGGCUGAUGCUGACAAGAAUGACAAAGCUGUCAAAGACUUGGUGAUCCUACUCUUUGAGACUGCUCUGCUGUCCUCUGGCUUCUCCCUGGAAGAUCCUCAGACCCAUUCCAACCGCAUCUAUAGGAUGAUCAAACUGGGGCUUGGUAUUGAUGAAGAUGAGGUGAUUGCAGAAGAGUCCAAUACAGCUCCUCCUGAUGAAGUCCCACGUCUGGAGGGAGAUGAAGACACAUCCCGCAUGGAAGAGGUGGACUAAAGAAGUGGUCUCUUCCAUCUCCUGUCAGACCUCUAUCCAAUCUCAUGUGUGUUUAGAAAAGGGGUCUCUGGUCCCACCGGCUUUUGGCUCCUUGAUGGUGUCUUCUGGAAUUUUUUUCUUUUUGUAGUGGGGAAUGGAAACAGGGUUCCCUGUUUGUCAGUAAUGAGCAAGUCAGGCAGCCCUGGGCAUGUCUGUUGUGUGUAUUUCUACUUGUGUAAGAUCAUCUAAUGGGGAAUGGAGGUGUGGAGGGGUCAGUCUUCCUCUUUCUCACACCCCAUGGGAUCUCCCAUGCUCAGCUGAGGUGAAGAGAGUCCUUUCUCUCCAGCCCCCCCAGAGUAGGAUUGUAUUUUGGUUGGCUUGGUUAUUUUUUAUUGAUUUUCCUGAUGUUUUGUUCUACUGGAAUUAAAGUGUCAAAAGAUCAAGGUUUA